GAAUCUGUACGAUCCCGUGUGGCCAUGGACUUCACCGGGGCCGUUGGCCGGAUUGUCGAGGACCCCCAGGAAGCAACUGCGAUCGCGGCAGCAGAAGGGUAUUCGUGGAAGCGUCGGUGGCGAGGCGGUGUCCGUUGUUCUGCCGCCACAGCCGCCCCCAUUUCUGCUGUUCAGGCCGCCGCCACUGGGCCCAACCAGCGCCCUCUGGAUGGCGGCGUGCACACCACACAGCCGUGGUUCCACUUAGGGAUGACUAGGGAUAAGGCGACUGAACUCAUAUACAAGUAUGGCACUGUGGACGGUGUGUUUUUGGUGCGCGACUCCCGCACCCACCAGGGUUCGUUUGUGAUAACGUACAAGAGCGGCCAGAAGGUGCUACACGCGCAAGUCAACCCCAUUUUGGACCCGCUCAGGGACCGACCCGUCCUCUCUAUCGACAACGGGGCCACAAAGUUCUACGAUCUGCUGCAGCUCGUCGAAUUCUACCAAGUAAGAUCAACACUAAUACUUCUAUUUCUAUGCUAGCACAUCCAC